CAGUACUCAAGUUGUCACGUGCUGAGGAAAAGGGAGGCUCUUCUGUUGACAUCAGUGCACUCAAGAGCAAUUGAUGCAAGUCACAUAAUCGUAUAUGUUUCGCUUUCGUUUCACUUAGAAUUGUUUACUUGUAUGAUUGGAAACCGAAACAUUUGAGUGCAUAUACCGUUAGCGGUAGAGUCUUUGCAAGAGUCAGCACCGCAGUGUAGCUAUCACGCGACUGGAGUACUGUUGGCUAGCAAGCUAACGCUGCUUGCAACUAUUUAACGUUAGUGUCAUGGACGAGCUAACAGUGGAAGUCAGAGGAACGAGCGGUGCUUUUUAUAAGGCCCAUGUGAAGGACGUACACGAAAGCACUGUCACGGUUUCAUUUGAAAACAACUGGCAGCCAGAGCGUCAAAUUCCCUUCCACGAUGUUCGCUUUCCACCACCCACUGGUUUUCAGAAAGAGAUCAACGAGAGCGAUGAAGUAGAGGUACGUGCUGUGUAUUCUCGAGCCAACGACAAGGAGCCCUGCGGCUGGUGGCUAGCCAAGGUCCGCAUGGUCAAAGGAGAGUUUUAUGUGAUCGAGUAUGCCGCUUGCGAUGCCACUCUCAACGAAAUAGUCACUCUGGAAAGGUUACGGCCUGUCAACCCCAACAAGCCGGCUACUAAAAACACCUUCCUGAAAAUAAGACUGGACGUUCCAGAGGAUCUACGGCAAAUGUGUUCAAAAGAGUCGGCACACAAGGACUUCAAGAAAGCAGUGGGUGCAUUUAACAUAACGUAUGACUCGGACAAGAAGCAGCUGCUUAUUCUGUCGGUGAAUGAAGUGACCACCAAGAGGGCCAACAUGAUGAGCGACAUGCACUUCAGGAGCUUGCGGACCAAACUGUCUUUGAUGCAGAGGAACGAGGAGGCCAGUCGCCAACUGGAGAGCUCUCGACAGUUGGCAUCCCGGUUCCAUGAGCAGUUUGUGGUGCGUGAUGACCUCAUGGGCUUGGCGAUCGGCACCCACGGGGCCAACAUCCAGCAGGCCCGCAAGGUCCCCGGGGUCACCACCAUCGACCUGGAUGAAGAGACCUGCACCUUCCACAUCUACGGAGAGGACCAGGAGGCGGUGAGGAAGGCCAGGAGUUUCCUGGAGUUCUCCGAAGACGCCAUCAAAGUUCCCAGGAACCUAGUGGGAAAAGUGAUAGGGAAGAAUGGCAAGCUGAUCCAGGAGGUGGUGGAUAAGUCGGGGGUGGUCCGAGUGAGGAUCGAGGCAGAGAACGAUAAGAAGCCUGUACUGGUGGAUGAGGGCAUGGUGCCAUUUGUUUUUGUGGGAACAAAGGAGAGCAUCUCCAAUGCCAAGGUGCUCCUGGACUACCACCUCAACUAUCUGAAGGAAGUGGACCAGCUGCGUAUGGAGCGCCUGCAGAUCGACGAGCAGCUGCGGCAGAUAGGAGGCGGACCGAGAGGCCAGGGUGGCCGCAUAGAGAAGGGACUGGUCAUUGACAACGGCAUGGGGCUGGGCUUGAACCUGGGUCUGGGGCUGAGCGCCCAGAGAGGGGGGAAGCCGUACACCAGGGGGGGGCGUGGACGCAGAGGGCCCCCUUUCACUUCAGGCACCAACUCGGAGGCUUCCAACGCGUCUGAGACGGAGUCCGACCACAAGGACGAGCUCAGCGACUGGUCCCUGGCACCCGCCGACGAGCUCAUGGGGGGCGGGAUGGGUGGUGGCAGCGGCUUCCCCAAGCGGCCAGACCAGAGGAAGAGAGGAGGGGGGGGGCCGCGAGGCCGGGGGGGAAGAGGCCGGGGAGGCGGGGGAGGGUUCAAAGCAGCUGAGGACAUCCAGUGGAGCGACUCGCGCCCUCGCAACAUCCGGGACACCAAGAUGAGGCCUCCGGAAGAUUCUCUACAGAUUCGCGUGGACGGUAACAACGAGCGCAGCGUGCACGCAGCCCGCGCCUCCACCGACGUCCCGGCCCGCCAGAGGCCCUUCAAGGAGCGAGGGCUGAAGAAGGACAAGCAGGAGAGUCCCGACGCCGACGCCCCCGCCGCCUCCGCUCCCCCUCCGCUGGUGAACGGGGUGUCGUAGAGUAAAAGUCCCCUCCCCCCCACCCCCCCCCCACCCCCUCCUCCACACACACACACCUUGGGCUCGCUCUCUGUCACACCCACAGACACACAGACACCCACACUUUGUCAUCGAUUCCCUAAGCUUCUACGUUAGACCUGCAGGCCAAAGAGGAGCCGGUAACGGAUGGGGGAGAAACAAAGUGCUUUGGAGCCCCCGGCUGUGAGGUGCCAUAGAGAGGGAGGGGCCGGGCUGGGGGCCGGGGGCCGGGGUGGGGGCCGGGCUGGGCUCUUCUGGUUCAGGCUCGGCUCGGCUCUGGUGAGUUUUCUGUGUACAGUGAAGGAAUCCCGAAAGGGUUUUCUGUUUGGAUUGAAAGGGAAGGCCGAGGCGGGGAGAGUGUUUCUUUUCUACUAAUAGACAGUCGUUGCUGACAGCUACCCAUGGGACUGUUCUUCUCAGCUGUUGGUCUCAAGGUGUUUCAGUAGAAGACCCUAAUUGGUCAUGAUGUGUUUCCUAUGGGUCUGGUUUUUCUAUCAACAUCUCUCACAUUGUUGUCUCACCUUUUUCUCCUGGGCUGCGUUCAAACAAUUUGACGUUUUCCAACAGCUUGUAAAAUAAAUAUUUUAUUAUUAUUAUUUGUUGUUGUUUUUUGAAACGUUAAGCACCGCCUCUUAACGUUCCGUGUAGUAACCGUUAAUUCCCCAUUCGGUGGGCGUGUUAUGAUGUCACAGGCUGGCAAAACAUCAUGGUGAUACUAUUUUCACUGUUCUUUAUCAGCUUCCUGCAUUGCCACAUUUCUUGAAAUGGUCAGUCAGUACUGCUAGUUUUUCGUUCAGUUUUGUUAAAUCAGCUCUUGAACGCAGUCCAGGUGUGGGGGUUCACCCCUUCAGUGUGUGGAUCCUUGUCACUUACCAAGACAUGGAGCUCCUUACCACCAAUCUCAGUCUGCAACACUUUCCGUUGGCGCUUGAUUUACUCACUCAAGUGCUCCUCCAGGAUUUGACAAUAUGACAAAUGUAUUUUACCAAGAUAUGUUCACAAUGUGGUUCAAGAAUGACAUUAAACAACAGUUUCUAGAGGCACCAAUAGCAACAAAAAAGAAAAUUUAGAACGGAAAAUAAGAAAGAAAAAAAAUCAUACCAACCUUUUUGUCUGAUCUGUGCCUUUAAUAUUGUGUGGAUAGUAUCACAACUAGAAGUCCAAUUCAGGGAAAAAGACAUUUAAACAACAGUGAUGUAAAUUGUGCUCAUGUGUGGUAGUCGACGUAGCUCAACUUUGGAGACAUGAGUCAUUUAGUCUUUUUUAACAUGGGGAUGCAUGUGUGUCUUCAUCUGAGGGGGAGGGAAGAGUUGCUGUGGAGGGAAACCGAGGCUCAGUCUCAAGAUGAGACUGGUUUCUGUUCCCUCAGGCCCAGGACCGCUUCACUACAGACAGUAAUGGACUCCUUUUUUGCUAGUGAUGGAAACCAUUUUCUCUCUCAGCAGGAGGGUAAAGAAAGACCAUGAACUCAAUAUCUUCUCCAACCCGCACAGCUACCAGAUCCAAACUCAUAUAUCAAAGGUUGUGAUGAAGCCUCAAAACAAUACGGUGAUAUUUCAUGCCACCGGUUUAUUAGUUGUACAUUAUACUAUUGGCACAGCUCUGUGUGGGUCUCUUUUUUGUUUUUUUAUGUGAUUAUUCUUAGUGCACCAGACCAGGAUAUUGAGAACAUGGUAUUUUCAAUAUUUGUCAGCCUACUGUUGCUCUGCAUUUUUACAGUAUCAAUGUGCAACAAGCCUUUUGGCACGAUUCUGUCAAAACCUAAACAUAUUGUUAAUAGUAUGGGAACAGCUGGUCAUAUCUGACUGUAAUUGUUACUGGAAGAAAACGUUUUUGGAUACUGUGUAUAUUACAAUUCUCAUUUGUAAAAAAAACAAACAAAAAAAAAGACAGAAAAAAGAAAAGAAAAAAGGAGAAUGUUUUUAUCGUUGUUUCAGAUUGAACUUGAAAUGUGCACUUACCAUUCUUUUUGUGUUAUCUGCAACAGCUAAAUAAUAUUGACUAUAUAAUAAACUAUGAUGUUAAGGUUUUCUUUUUUUUUUUUCUUUUUUUUUUUUCUUUGGCAGGUGAAUCACACGAAUGCUGUUUAUGUCUAGAUAACCCUUAUAGCUAACUCCUGAGUCACUGUACCUUAUAGCCUACUAUGAGGGAGAAGGACGUAGAAAGAUGCUUAGUUUCUAUGUUAAAUUGUGUGUCUUAUCUGACCCCUGCUUGUACAGUUGAACUGAACCUAGUUUACAGUUGCAGACUUCUCUUUUUGAAUUUUAUUUUUUACAAACUUACUGACUGUGAGGGUAUUCUUAGUGUCUUGUUUAUAUUUAUUUUCCUUUCUCUUGUUCGGUUGUUUACGCUAAAGUGUACGAUAAAGCGCAGUUAAGAAAACUACCAAGCAAAUCCACAGCUGGAAAGCUUGCUGGCUAUUAAUCGCUCUUUGUCCUGUUCCUCUGCUUCUGUUCCUCUGUCAAAUAAGGCCGCUCUCCCAACCAAUCACCAGGUAGCAUUUUGUCGUGUGCUUAAUUCAGAUUGAGUGUGGAGGUGGGUGUUCAUCAAUAGGCAACUUCAUCCCAAGCGUCAUCCCAUUCUGAUGAACACGCCCACAAAUGUACUUGAGCUUCUUAGGUUUUGUAUGAGAUGAGCGACUGAGAUGAGCUGUGUAUUAUUAUGGAAGAAACUGAUUGCAGGGCUUUUGGUUGCAGGUUGGUGGUAAAGAUCUGUAAAGAGCAGGGGGUGUUCAUUGGUGUAAUGGUAUGGAGUGCCUAACUCGAAGGACGUUGCUUUAAAUGAAUGACACGGGGAAGACUGCACUAACUCACUACCUUGAGAACUCUCCAUUCCUCCAUAUCGAUCUAAAAAUCAUCUGAUGGUAAUCAUAAAUUUGACACGUCUCAUAGCCAUUCCUAAUGUAUUUAUAAAAAAUAUGUAACAGAGAAGUGAGCAAUUGGAUAUGGAGGGAGCUUUUCUAGUCCAUCGAUCACAUGGACUGGUAGCAGCUCUCCAUUCUAGACAAGCACAUCACGUAAGCUGCAUCCUGUUCCUCACCUGCUUGAGGUAAAUCUCUAACUCAGUUGGAUAGGGUAAACACUUCUUUACACAACACGUCACCCAAACCAGGCAACAUCAUAUCUGAUUUGAAAUGGGGUGGAGGACAGAAGGUUACAUGCCCUGAGAAUUGGAAUCUGGCCGUCCUCUUGAGAUAACACUGGCCCCUCUAGCUCUAGUUUUCUCCCAGCGAACCUCAACACAAAUCAGAUAAAGGCCACAAUUGUCCCAAUAUCAAAACAAUAUCUCAGUCCACAAAGUCGUCUUCACAACACAAAAGUGUUGCCAAACAGACUGUUUUUUAUAGUAAUUUAUUUUUGGGAAUGUAUAAAACCAGUACUAAGACACAAAAUAUUGUAAAGGAAAAAAGUGAUUGCACUCCUUUGGCUGUUGUGGUUGAGAAAUGGAACUAAAAAUACUGUAGAUAUCAAAAACAAUGGUAGAAGCGACCUUGUAUGUUAUUAACUGCACUUUGGGCAAUAUUUUCUUUGUACAUAUUAGCGUACACAGAUUGGGUUAUAUGUCAACAUUGUUUGGUUAUAGUGCAAUAUAUUUUGUAUGCAAGCAGUUUCAAUAAAUAAAGUUUGAUCUUCCUCUGCUACUUA